UGAAUAAUAAUCAUGUCAGUGAGGUAGACAUUGUGUAAAACAAACAACUAUUAGUAUUACUUGUAGUGUCCCCGGCCCCGUCGCUUACAAUAGUUACAAUAAUCAUUGCCGGUGUGCCGUGGAGCAGACACUGUCGGUAAACGCAUCGUGGCGGGUGUAGCGAAUUCAAAAAUUACAUUUUGAUGGCCGUUGCAAGUUGAUAAAGAAUGUCUGCUUGCACCAUUAGAACUUUAUUUGUGGCGAUGUGUCGCAUGCGCAGUUGCAUGUACGCGAGUCAGUAGUUGAACUAGAAUGUUGUCUAUCGACGAUUGAAUGAAGAAAUUUGAUGUUUGAACUACAGCAUACAGUUGUGCAGAAUUUCUGGUUUUCAAUGAUACAACCGGCGUCAGGCCAAUGGGUCAUAUCUGCUAGUGUACAUGACGUGUAUAGCACCGGUAUCAUUGCAGAAGUACUAGCGGAGUGAGAUAUGGAUGGAAUGAGAAGGCGUCCACGCGGAGCAGAGGACGGUGAGAGCGAGACCACCAGGGAUGGUACUCUCUCAAUACGUCAUGAUGUCAUUGAUGAUGUCACUGAUAGCCCAGUCAGUGAUGUCCUGCCAGCCACGAUGCCUUCUUCUGUAGCCAUGACAGCAACAACGGGGGGAAGUCCCGAGCUGCAGAGUUUGACAAAGGUGCACAGCAAUCUGAGACAGUUCCUGGACGCAUCACAGGCUGAGCACAGCGCUAUGAAUGCAAUUGCCAGUACGGCGCUGCCCAGUAGAUUGUCUCUAUCUCCUAUAUCACCACCAACCGACCAGAGCAAACCAUCACACUUCAUGCUGUCGGAAACGGAAACGGAGGCCAGUGUGGAUGGUGACUUGAGCGAUGGUGAUGAGUGUGUACGCGCAUUGCAGAAACGCACAGAGCAAUUGCUACUGCAUUUGCACCAGUCUCAACCGUUUGAUCCGACGGCAUCGAGAGUAUCACCAUCUGCCGUUGCUGCUGGAAGAGCAGCUGAUGCUGUGGCCAUGUCUUCCACUGCUAGAGCUACUGGCAUUGACUCCCAGCCAUUGCAGUCAACGCAGGAUCUAUCGGCGAACAACGAACACCAUGUAAACAGCAAUGGAACUGCCACCUACUCUACCCUACUCGCGUCAUCAUUGCGUGUUACACCGGUAGCUGGCCACUCAGCAAGUCUUGCUAGCAAAGUAAUAUCACCACCAGCAGCAGCCGCAGCAGCAGCAGCAGCAUCAGCAGAUGCCUCUCUAACCGCCGAGAACUCCUUACUGAGGCAGAGUGUGGAGCGGGAACGUCUUAGAAGAAAGACCUGUGAGAAGAAGAUUCACGGCCUCCAUGAGAAGUUGCUGGGUACGCAGCAACAGCUUGCAAUGGCGUUGGCCCAGCGUCGGAAGCGUGAAAGCAUGCUGCAGCAACUAGACAAGAACCUUGUGAAGCUUGCGUCCGGGUGGCAGGAGAGGGAAGGAAAGAGUGCAAAAGUUACUCAGCGCUUGGCAGAGAGACUUGAUCAACUCAAAGUGGAGAAAAUGCAACAGGCGGAGGUGUUGGAGCAAACUCGACUGCAGCUCACACACAACCAGCAAUCGUUGCAAGAAGAGAGAAAGAGAGCGGAAACAGCGCGACAGAGUUUAGCGGCAGAGGUGCAACGUUUAUCAUCCGAACACGCAGCCACAAUGCACCAACUGGCAGCUGAAAGAGAGCACAGCGCUCAGCUGGAUGUGCAGCUGGGGGAAGCGUUGAGCCGUGGCAGUGAACACGAGCAACGACACAGGGAGCUGGAGAUGUGGGUCAACGAGUUCAAGGCAAGGAAAACUGAUGAAGAGGGUACAGCGCUGAAGGAAGAAAAGGAACACCAUCGUCUACAGGAGGAAUCUCUACACAAGCAAAUACAAACUCUAAAGGCAGAGAUGGAGAACAGAGACCAGCAGCUCGGCCAUGUGAAAGACGAAUUAUCGUGUGUUCAACAGGAGAGGGACAAGUUGAUAGUGGACCACGCCGUAGAGAUAGCCAAGACUCAGGCGACUGCGGAUAAGGCGCUGGAACAAGCGCGUCAGCAGUUGGAUCGCCAGAUGGUGGAUAAGACAUCACAAUGGAAAGAAGAGUUGUUGACCGCCGAAACACACCUGAGAGAGCACAAUCGCAGCAUGCUUGAAGAUGUCCAGAGUCAACACCACAAAGAGAUACAGGCAGUUACCAACCAGUACAAGAAAGAACUCUCUGAUAUGGACACGCAGCUAAACACCAUUGAGAAGAAAUACACUGAAAAGCUACUGACAGCGCAGAAGGCAUUACAAGCGGAGAUGACGGCUAAACAGAACAUUGCACAAGAAAAAUCAUUGCUCAGCGUGGAACUACAGGAGAUGCUGCGCAAGCAAUGCGAUGAUGUCAUCCAGAUUCUGAGUGCGUCAGACUCCAAGCUGGACACGUCAAUGCACGCUGCACCCACAGCACACGCUGAGCAGCAUCUGGGCAUCUCGGAUCCUUUGCCUGCUGCAGGUGUGAGCGAGCAACGCGUCGCUGUGACUAUGUCUAUGGCCGACGCACUAGCACCUGGCUCACUGCAGCAAGUGAGCAACGAAGCAACAAUCGCUGACCAAAUUGCAACUCAACGCCCAGGCAAUGCAUCCUCUGCGCCUGAUGCUCGCGCCACAACGGCACGGAAUAUCGCCACGCCAACGGGUCCUUCAUGGCGCUCUGGCCUUCACCAAGCUCCCGUGUCCACUGUCGCCAUCCAUUCGGGGCAUGCUAUGGAAGGUCGUACACCGACAGGCUCACCCCACCGACAGGCAGACUCCAGCAGUUCGCACGCACCUGUCAGAGGCACGGCUAGUCUCCAGCAAUCACCAAUCGUGGCUUUGUCUGAUCGAUACAGCAAAGUACAAACUAGAGGCGGUAUUAGUCAAAGCAGUGCUCAUCCUUCGUCUGUUCAAUCGGCCGCUCUGCCAAGCAGCACCGGUGAUGUCCGCGAGCGUCGUGCAAAAGAACAGCUCGCUCUGCUUCUCUCUCGUAUUAACGGCCAAGCGUACAGAGCUAGUGCUGGUGGUGGUGGUGGUGCUGGUGGUGCUGGUGGUGGUGACGCUGAGACAGCCCAGACUGGGCCCGCAGUCGGCAGUGGCGGCGCUCAACCUCUUUCCGCCGAACAGCAAAGCAGCAUUCACCACCCUAGCCAAACUUCACAGUGCAAUACGCCACGUGUCCUGGAUAAUGCUGCACUUAUACCACGCUGCAGUGGAGAUGGAGCUGCAGCGACUACCACCUCUCUCGCUACCAGCUCAUCACGUACGGUAUUGGCACCGCAUACCAACUCAGCAUUCGAGCAUCAUGCCAGUAGUGAGAAUGAGAGUGAUGGUGCCGGCAGUGGUGAUAGGACGGUGGAUGGCGAGUCAUCUGAUGCCAUGGAAAUGUCCACGGUCAGUUCAUCGUUUGUGGAGAGGCUUCAGGCACAUCAGAGUCGGCAGAACGAUCUUCUCAGCUAUCUGGAACAUGUUCUGCAAACUUCACCCAGGGCCAACACAGCCACAGCAACCACAGCAGGCACCAAUGUUACUAUGAGCAAUUCUGGAGGAAUUGCAGUUAAGUCGGAUGACAGCGGUGCAAACACAUUUCUACAGCCAUCCACUGCUCACCCAGCUCCUCCUGCACACAACACUGGUCCAUCUUCUCGUCAAGGAUCAAACGGUUCCGAGAUGCACGCUACACCAGUAGCGGGCCCCCCUGAACACCUCACCGACCUUUCUCACCAAACUGGCAGGGAUCAACAUGCAGCGGAGUACAAUGCUGUGACGUCAUUGCUGAAGGAAGUUCUCGGCCCACUGCUCAGCCAACUUGAUUCCCAUGCCUCGUCACCACCAAUGAUGGCAUCAUCAGUGGCUAGUCCCCAGACUCCCCAUGUGAUGACAUCACACUCCAGUGGUAGUGUUCCAAUCAUGAUAUCAUCAGUGGCUCACCCUUUGGCCAGUGCCCAUGUGAUGACAUCAUCCCACUCCAGUGGUGCUGCUCCUCCCAUCAUGACAUCAUGGGAUCCAAGCAGUGCUGAUGCCACCAGCAUACAUACCAUCGGUGCUAGGGACCCUAGUCGGCAUUCAGCAUCAACCUUUACCGUGGCAGAUGAUUCCAAGGCUGCCGACUUCUCGGAUGUCGAUCCGGAGUCUUGCUAUGUUUCUCCGGUCGUGGAUACGUCGUUACCUCGCCUUGCGUCAUCAAUACGCUACACUGCUGCAUUCCCUCAUCACCACCAUCAUCAUCAUGUUGGAGAGAGUGUUACGGCAACAUCUGGGUUGGCAGCCACCGGUGGCGAGACUACACGGCAGGCAUUCUCUGUGCUACCGGACAACGGAGAGUCCACGUCACCUUCUGCAGUCGGUACCGUACGCCCUGGAACACAUACAGACGGUGUACACAUAGUACCCACUCCCACAGGCAGUGCUACCCCAUCUACAGUGACCACCUCGCAUGCGUCGUUGACAGCCGAUCAGCUCACACGCCUACAGGAGUUUUCCCGCGACAUAGCUCGGCUGGAAGAUUCCGACAGUCACGGAGAGACCACACAGGCACCGAGAAGCACAAUGAAACGCAUCACAGCAUCUCUACCCAACAGCAGCACUGCGGUCGGCGGCGGUAAACUAGCGACGGACCCAGUACCAGCGUUGGGUCGUGCUCCUGUGCUCGUGCCCAUGUCACCUCCUCGCCGGCAUUCCGCUGGUUUGGGCCCGCUGGCUACUCACACUGGGCUGGCACAAACACUACGCACCUCAUUGCCACACUCAGUGUCAAGCGCUGGGGAACCCCCAAAGGCAGCUGUGAUGGGGGAACCCCCGAAGUCGGCCGUGAAGAAGGAGCCGACAUCGUCCGUCAAGUCCAAAUCCACAUCGAAGACGGGCAACAGAAAAGCCACGGUGGUGGAUUCUGGGACGUCGAGACCUCGUGUGAAGACGGCACGAGUCAAUCCGAUAAGCACAACGGCGACGUCAUCAGCGAGGAAGCCAGCGAAGCGCAAUCUUUCCACGGAGUUCUCACGUCCACACUCAUGAUCCUCUACAGCAUGCACAUAUGUCAGGGCGGUGGAAACGGGGCGGUUGCUCAGGCCAUCACCUGCUCAACUGCUUGACCACCAGCCCAUGUUUACUGCCAGGGAAAUCAUGUGUACUCUCCAUAUUAUAUCCCCCCCCCCCCUCCAUAUUAUUCCCCCCCCCCCCCAUUCAUAUUAUACCCCCUCCCCCUCCCCCGUAUUAUACACGAAGUAUUAGAGACAAUGGUGUGGCUGGACCACUCAAUAACUGCUUUCACCGGACCUGAUUAUGUGUAUGACUGCAGAUACAUACAUUGUUAGUAGACUGGUUAUGUGUAUGACUGCAGAUACAUACAUUGUUAGUAGACUGGUUAUGUGUAUGACUGCAGAUACAUACAUUGUUAGUAGACUGGUUAUGUGUAUGACUGCAGAUACAUACAUUGUUAGUAGACUGGUUAUGUGUAUGACUGCAGAUACAUACAUUGUUAGUAGACUGGUUAUGUGUAUGACUGCAGAUACAUACAUUGUUAGUAGACUGGUUAUGUGUAUGACUGCAGAUACAUACAUUGUUAGUAGACUGGUUAUGUGUAUGACUGCAGAUACAUACAUUGUUAGUAGACUGGUUAUGUGUAUGACUGCAGAUACAUACAUUGUUAGUAGACUGGUUAUGUGUAUGACUGCGGAUACAUACAUUGUUAGUAGACUGGUUAUGUGUAUGACUGCAGAUACAUACAUUGUUAGUAGACUGGUUAUGUGUAUGACUGCAGAUACAUACAUUGUUAGUAGACUGGUUAUGUGUAUGACUGCAGAUACAUACAUUGUUAGUAGACUGGUUAUGUGUAUGACUGCAGAUACAUACAUUGUUAGUAGACUGGUUAUGUGUAUGACUGCGGAUACAUACAUUGUUAGUAGACUGGUUAUGUGUAUGACUGCGGAUACAUACAUUGUUAGUAGACUGGUUAUGUGUAUGACUGCGGAUACAUACAUUGUUAGUAGA